AUGGGUCCAGUGCGGAUUGCCGGCGCGCACGACGAGGCCUUUGUGCUUGGCCUCGAUGCCGAAUCCCGGCACCACGUGCACGUCUGUCAGGUCCGCCACGGUGCUCUUUUCCAGAUGCUUGGCGACCGCGACGGAGACGGGAUGCUUGUUUCCAGAGGCGACCGCCCGGGCGAUGGCGGCGGCGUCUGCCUGGCCCACGACAUGGUUGACGGGAUAUUCGUCUUGGGUGAUGUCGAGUUCGGACUCGGUAAUGGUUCCUGUCUUAUCAAAGACGACGUCGGUGACCUUGCGGGCGCGCUCGGUGCUCUCGGCCGACUUGAUAACCACGCCGCCCCGGGCAGCAAUGCCGCCAGCCACCACGAGGACCAUGGGCACAGCGAGCCCCAAAGCGCAGGGGCAGGAGAUGGCCAGGACGGCGACGGCAUACGUGACGGCGUCGGCAACUGCCCGGUCUGCCGGGAAGGAGCGCAGCUUGAUGCCGACGACGAUCCAAACAAUGGUCACAAUGAUGGCGGUCACGCGACACGAUCGGCCACGUCCUGGAUCUUGGGUUUUGAGUUUGCGGCCUCCUCGACGAGCUUGGCGAUAUCGGUAACGGUGUUUUUGCCGGGCAGCCGCGUGAGCUGGACCACAAGUGUCCCUGAUCCGUUGACCGUGCCGGCGACGACGGUAUCGUGGCGCUCCUUGGGAACGGGGACCGCCUCGCCGGUGAGCAUGGACUCGUCGACCUCGCUGACGCCGCUCGUCACGAUGCCGUCCGUGACCACGGUGGAGUGCGGGAGGACUUUGAACCGGUCGCCGUACUGGAGAAGACGGGCGUCCAUCUCCCUCUCGGGUGCUUCGCCCUUUUGUCCGACGACAAGCGCCGUCGAGGCCUGCAGUGACCGCAGAGACACGGCGGCGACGGCACGCAUCCGGGCAAACGCGGCAACAAGGCGGCCCAGCAACACCAGCGUGAUGAGGAGGGUGCUCGUUUCGAAGAACUCGUCCGUCUCGAGCGGGCGGCCAGCAACCCGAAACCCGAAAGCCACCAGGGAGCAUGUAAAAGUCCGGGACCGCAACCAUCUGCACCAGGGUGGCCAGGGCAAUCGAGACUGCCGCGCUCGUGAGCGGCUCGACGUGCACGCUCUCUUUGCCCCAGGCGAGGACGAGAACGGGAAUGCUAAGAACGGCAGCUACGCAUGUUUUGACAAGCUGGUCGUACAAUCUCUUGCGCCCGCUCGACACGGAUGGGUCAUCGUUCGGAGCCAGCCCGCUCGAGAGCUCGCCAAUCUUCUCCAGCAGUGUUCGCGGGCCGAUCACGGCAGGAUCGUAGGUCAGGCGCAUGCGCCUCUUGUCAACCGGGACGAUCUGCGUCACGCCCGGGAUCUGCAGCUCGGACAGCGCAGUGGAGGCCUGGGCCGAGGCCACAAGAACAUCGAGGGUCUGGUCUCCGUCGGACAUGCGGGCACAGCGGAAGCCGGUGCCGCGCUCGACGAUUCGGAUGAUCUCCUCGGCCUUGGUGCCGUGCGAGGGAUCCAGGCUAAACUCGGCGCUGCCCAUGACGAAAUUGACCCGGACGCCGCUGACCGCUGCCGACGAGGCCUUGAGGGUCCGCUCCAUCUUGUUCCCGCAUCCGGAGCAGGUCAUGCCGUCGACAACCAGGGAAAUGUGUUCAAGACCGGCGGCAUCCUUUUCAACGUCUCUGUCUCCGAGAGGGACUGCAGCGGACCGGACGCCGGGCUUAUCGACAAAAGGCUGCGCGGUGUGGAUGUCGUGCUCGCUGCCGCAGCAGUCGGACUCUUCGUCGACUUCUUUGACCCGACCAACGGAGUGGUCAUGCCUGGCGGCCCCCUUUUUGGCAGCCUUGUUACGGUGCUUCAUACCAUGGUGACUGUGUUUGUGCAGGCCGUGGGCCGUAGUUUCGCCAUGGGCACCGUCUGCUCCAUGGGCACCGUCUGCUCCAUGGGCGUGUUCAUGCUUGUGCUUGCUGUGCUUGGUCUUGCCUUUGUGCUUCGACGCAAGCUUGGUCUGCUGCGACUGCUCAUUGCAGCAGGCGGUUGCGGGCAAACCACGCUCGAGGAUACUGCGGCAGAUGCAGCGGGCUGUCUCCAGGUAGGCGCUGUACUGUUCAAAGGCCUUGGCAAGGUGCGAGUUGCAGGCGGCCCCAUGUCGGCCGUCCUGGUCGUAUAUAGUUGGGUGGCAGGGGCACUGACCGUCGCAAUGCUCCUCGUUGGUGUUGCAACACUCGAGGGUUUUGGUGGACGGAGCAAUGGACGCAUUAUCGGCAGCGCAGCAAGUCUCGUCGUCGCAAUCGUUGUCGGCAUUGUCGUGGACUGCGUCGUCCUGGACGUCAUGGCAAGACUUGUCGCUCUCGCAGCCGCCGGUGCCACAGCAAUCUUGAUUGUCCUCUUUGUCAUGUCGGUCGCUGUUGUUGUCGUUUGCUUCCCCAGUCUCGAUCGAGGGGCCGUCGUGGCGAGGUGGGGUAAGAUCAGGUAUAUCCUGUCCACCUCCGCGGUCGCCCCCAGAGCAGCAGCCGGAUCCCAUCUUUUGUUGGUUGUCGUGAUUUGA